GAUGAUGAAGUGGUUCUGCAGUGCACUUCUACUGUUCAGAAAGAACAACAGAAAUUGUGCCUUGCUGCAGAAGGGUUUGGCAACAGGCUCUGCUUCUUGGAAUCCACAUCAAAUUCUAAGAAUGUUCCACCAGAUCUCUCCAUCUGCACUUUUGUACUGGAACAGUCUUUGUCAGUGCGGGCUCUCCAGGAAAUGCUGGCUAACACAGAGGAGAAAGCAGAAGGGCUAGUUGAUGUGGAAAAAUGGAAGUUUAUGAUGAAGACUGCUCAAGGUGGUGGUCAUCGAACACUCCUCUAUGGACAUGCAAUUUUGCUGCGCCAUUCGUAUAGUGGAAUGUAUCUUUGUUGCCUUUCCACCUCACGAACAUCAAUGGACAAACUAGCAUUUGAUGUGGGCUUGCAGGAAGAUACUACUGCUACAGGAAAAUAUUUUUUUACAAUAUUGUUUGGUAUGAAUACCAGUAUUCCUUCUACUGCUAUUACUCAAAGCAUUGACAGUGCAAUUGUAAGCAGAGUUAACAUCGUUCUAAGUCCAUCAAAAACCAGGAUCUUUGGUUUAGAAUCCUGUUAUUUGGAGGGAAACAAGUUCCAGUUUACCCAGGCACCUAUAGUUGUAAGUCAGUUGGUACUCAGUGACAGCACAGAUUCCGGAGAUGAAGAACUACCUGCAGCUGGGUCUCAGCCAGUAAUUGAGCAAUUGGCUACAGCUGGCUCUGAGACAGGAGAAGAGCAACAAGAGAUCAGGUUACCAGCUGAGCAGAAGUUACAGCCUACAGCUGAAACCAAGCCAAUGCCUUGCAGCUCUGAAGCACAUUUAUCUUAUGGCAAUGACAGCUUGCGUGUUGAUGCAGCAUUCCAACAAACACUUUGGAGUGUAGCACCUAUCAGUUCAGGAAGUGAAGUAGCUCAAGGUUAUCUGAUAGGUGGUGAUGUGCUGAGGUUAUUACAUGGCCACAUGGAUGAAUGCCUGACCGUCCCUUCAGGAGAACAUGGAGAAGAGCAGAGAAGAACUGUCCAUUAUGAAGGUGGUCCUGUGUCGAUUCAUGCACGUUCUCUUUGGAGACUGGAGACACUCAGGGUUGCGUGGAGUGGAAGUCACAUUCGAUGGGGGCAGCCAUUCAGACUAAGACAUAUAACUACAGGGAAAUAUUUAAGCCUCAUGGAUGACAGGAGUCUUCUUCUAACAGACAAAGAGAAAGCUGAUGUGAAAUCUACAGCUUUUUGCUUUCGGUCUUCCAAGGAAAAGUUGGAUGUGGCGAUAAGAAAAGAAGUAGAUGGAAUGGGAGCACCUGAGAUAAAAUACGGGGAUUCAGUCUGUUUCAUACAGCAUGCUGACACGGGUUUGUGGCUUACGUACCAAUCAGUGGAUGCAAAGUCUGCAAGAAUGGGAUCUGUACAACGUAAAGCUAUUAUGCACCAUGAAGGCCAUAUGGACGAUGGUCUAACAUUGUCCAGAUCUCAGCAUGAAGAGUCACGUACAGCACGAGUAAUUCGUAGUACCGUCUUCCUUUUCAAUAGGUUCAUAAGGGGCCUUGAUGCUCUCAGCAAGAAAGCAAAGUCUUCCAUUGUUGACUUACCCAUUGAGUCAGUCAGCCUUAGUCUCCAGGAUUUGAUUGGUUACUUCCAUCCACCUGAUGAACAUCUAGAACAUGAAGAGAAGCAGAACCGACUAAGAGCACUGAAGAAUAGGCAGAAUCUCUUCCAGGAAGAGGGUAUGAUCAACUUGGUGCUUGAAUGUAUCGAUCGCUUACAUGUAUACAGCAGUGCAGCUCACUUUGCUGAUGUUGCUGGGAAGGAGGCAGGAGAGACUUGGAAGUCGAUUCUAAACUCAUUAUAUGAAUUAUUAGCGGCCUUGAUUAGGGGGAAUCGUAAAAACUGUGCUCAGUUUUCUGGAUCUUUGGAUUGGCUGAUCAGCAGACUGGAGAGACUAGAAGCAUCUUCUGGAAUUCUUGAAGUUUUACACUGUGUGUUGGUGGAAAGCCCGGAAGCACUGAAUAUUAUUAAGGAAGGACAUAUUAAAUCCAUAAUAAGUCUUUUGGACAAACAUGGACGAAAUCAUAAGGUUUUAGAUGUAUUGUGUUCCCUCUGUGUGUGCCAUGGAGUAGCAGUACGGUCUAAUCAGCAUUUGAUAUGUGAUAAUCUUUUACCUGGAAGAGAUCUUCUUUUACAAACACGCCUUGUCAACCAUGUGAGCAGCAUGAGACCCAAUAUUUUUCUUGGAAUCAGUGAAGGCUCUGCUCAGUACCGGAAAUGGUAUUAUGAGCUAAUGGUAGACCACAUGGAGCCAUUUACAACAGCAGAAGCUACUCACCUUCGCGUGGGAUGGGCUUCAACAGAAGGUUAUUCACCGUACCCUGUGGGAGGUGAAGAAUGGGGAGGUAAUGGUGUUGGAGAUGACCUAUACUCUUACAGUUUUGAUGGACUUCAUCUGUGGUCAGGUUGUGUAGCAAGGUGCGUCAAUUCUCCUUACCAGCAUCUGCUAAGGACUGAUGAUGUUAUCAGCUGUUGCCUUGAUCUGAGUGCUCCAAGCAUUUCAUUCCGGAUAAAUGGGCAGCCAGUUCAGGGGAUGUUUGAGAAUUUCAACACAGAUGGCCUUUUCUUUCCAGUUGUCAGCUUCUCUGCAGGGAUAAAGGUACAUUUUUUGCUUGGAGGCCGCCAUGGGGAAUUUAAAUUCCUUCCACCUCCAGGGUAUGCUCCUUGUUUUGAAGCAAUUCUGCCAAAGGAGAAGUUGAAAGUGGAACACAGCAGAGAAUAUAAACAAGACCGUGGCUGCACGAGAGACUUGUUGGGUCCGAAUAUCUCUUUGUCACAAGCGGCUUUCACUCCAGUACCUGUAGAUACCAGUCAGAUUGUGUUGCCUCCACAUCUGGAAAGAAUUAGAGAAAAACUAGCUGAGAAUAUCCAUGAAAUUUGGGUCAUGAAUAAAAUUGAACUUGGCUGGCAGUAUGGUCCGGUUAGAGAUGACAACAAGCGACAGCACCCAUGUUUGGUAGAGUUUGCAAAGUUGCCAGAACAAGAACGAAAUUAUAAUCUCCAAAUGUCAUUAGAAACACUGAAAACCUUAUUGGCAUUAGGUUGUCAUGUUGGAAUUGCAGAUGAGCAUGCUGAAGAAAAAGUAAAGAAGCUAAAACUUCCGAAGAAUUACCUGUUGUCUAGUGGAUAUAAACCUGCUCCCAUGGAUUUGAGUUGUAUAAAGCUGACACCCUCUCAGGAAGCCAUGGUUGAUAAACUGGCAGAAAAUGCCCAUAAUGUAUGGGCAAGGGAUCGUAUCAGACAGGGUUGGACUUAUGGAAUCCAGCAGGAUGUGAAGAACCGCCGAAACCCUCGCCUUGUCCCCUAUGCACUUCUAGAUGAUCGCACUAAGAAAUCAAACAAAGAUAGUCUCCGAGAGGCAGUUCGUACACUCAUUGGCUAUGGUUAUAACCUUGAGGCUCCUGAUCAAGAUCAUGCCACAAGACCAGAUGUAUUCUGUGGUAUGAUGGAAAAGUUCCGAAUAUUUCGCACAGAGAAGACGUAUGCAGUAAAAACUGGGAAGUGGUACUUUGAGUUUGAAGCAGUGACUGCAGGAGACAUGAGAGUAGGCUGGGCCAGGCCAGGUUGCCAACCAGACCAAGAGCUUGGGUCAGAUGAACAAGCAUUUGUCUUCGAUGGAUUCAAGGCCCAACGCUGGCACCAGGGAAAUGAGCAUUUUGGUCGUUCUUGGCUGGCAGGGGACAUUGUUGGUUGUAUGGUUGACAUGAAUGAGCAUACAGUGAUGUUCACCUUAAAUGGUGAAAUCCUUCUUGAUGACUCUGGUUCAGAGCUUGCGUUCAAGGACUUUGAGGUUGGUGAUGGCUUUAUACCUGCAUGCAGCCUGGGCUUGUCACAAGUUGGCAGAAUGAAUUUUGGCAAAGAUGUCAGCACUCUGAAAUAUUUCACUAUUUGUGGAUUACAAGAAGGCUAUGAACCCUUUGCAGUCAAUACUAACAGGGACAUCACCAUAUGGCUGAGCAAGAGACUACCUCAGUUUCUUCCAGUACCACCAAAUCAUGAACAUAUUGAGGUUACAAGAAUAGAUGGCACAGCAGACAGCUCUCCAUGCUUGAAGGUCACACAGAAGUCAUUUGGGUCUCAAAAUAGUAAAACAGACAUCAUGUUCUAUCGUCUCAGCAUGCCUAUUGAAUGCGCCGAGAUAUUCUCUAAAAUGUCUGGAGGAGGGCUGCCAAGUUCUAGUCUUUUUGGCCCAAAGAAUGACCUGGAUGAGUUUGAUGCUGAUUCCGACUUUGAAGUCCUGAUGAAAACUGCUCAUGGUCAUCUGGUACCUGAUCGUGCAGAAAAAGAAGCUAUAAAAUCAGAGUUUAAUAACCACAAAGACUAUACACAAGAAAAACCUUCACGUCUCAAGCAAAGAUUUAUGCUGAGAAGGACGAAACCUGACUACAGCACAAGCCAUUCUGCAAGGCUCACCGAAGACGUCUUAGCAGAUGAAAGAGAUGACUAUGAUUAUUUAAUGCAAACAUCUACAUACUAUUAUUCGGUACGUAUCUUUCCGGGCCAAGAACCUGCUAAUGUCUGGGUAGGCUGGAUUACAUCUGAUUUCCAUCAGUACGACACAAAUUUUGAUUUGGACAGAGUCCGCACUGUUACAGUAACUUUAGGAGAUGAAAAAGGGAAAGUUCAUGAGAGUAUCAAACGAAGCAACUGCUAUAUGGUGUGUGCAGGAGAGAGCAUGAGUCCAGGACAAGGACGCAAUAACAAUGGAUUAGAGAUUGGCUGUUUGGUUGAUGCUGCGACUGGUCUCCUGUCCUUCAUGGCUAAUGGCAAAGAGUUAAGCACAUAUUAUCAGGUUGAACCAAGCACUAAAUUAUUUCCUGCAGUAUUUGCACAAGCUACAAGCCCCAAUGUUUUCCAGUUUGAGCUUGGAAGAAUAAAGAAUGUAAUGCCAUUGUCAGCUGGGUUGUUCAAGAGUGAGCACAAAAACCCAGUCCCCCAGUGUCCUCCCCGUCUCCAUGUUCAGUUUCUGACACAUGUACUUUGGAGCAGAGUGCCAAACCACUUUCUGAAGGUGGAUGUAUCACGGAUCAGCGAGCGUCAAGGCUGGUCAAUACAGUGUCUGGAGCCCUUACAGUUCAUGUCCCUCCAUAUCCCAGAGGAAAACAGGUCAAUAGAUAUUUUAGAAUUGACAGAACAAGAAGAAUUAUUAAAAUUUCACUACCAUACACUCCGAUUAUACUCAGCAGUUUGUGCUCUUGGGAACAAUCGAGUUGCACAUGCAAUGUGCAGUCAUGUUGAUGAGUCUCAACUUCUAUAUGCAAUUGAGAACAAAUAUAUGCCAGGCUUGUUGCGUGCAGGCUAUUAUGACCUCCUGAUUGACAUUCACCUUAAUACCUAUGCCACUGCAAGGCUGAUGAUGAACAAUGAAUUUAUUGUUCCAAUGACAGAUGAGACAAAAAGCAUUACUCUUUUUCCAGAUGAAAAUAAAAAGCAUGGCCUCCCUGGAAUUGGGCUCAGCACCUCCCUGCGACCCAGAAUACAGUUUUCUUCUCCCAGUUUUGUAAGGAUUAACAGUGAAUGCUACCAAUAUAGUCCUGAAUUUCCUCUGGAAAUUUUGAAGGCUAAAACCAUAGAGAUGCUGACAGAGGCCGUUCAGGAAGGCAGUCUCCAUGUCAGAGAUCCUGUGGGUGGAACUACAGAAUUUUUAUUUGUUCCUUUAAUCAAGCUUUUUUACACUCUACUUAUCAUGGGAGUAUUCCACAAUGGAGAUCUGAAACAUAUAUUGCAACUAAUAGAACCUAGUGUUUUUAAGGAAGACACAAACCAUGAGGAUGAGAUACAAGUACCAGAGAAGGGACUUGUUACAGAAGGGAUAAAUUUGGAAGGCGGACAGGAAGAAAUCAAAGAGAAGGUGCCAAAGGAAGGACUUCUUCAAAUGAAGCUUCCUGAGCCUGUGAAAUUGCAGAUGUGCCAUUUACUGCAGUACCUUUGUGAUUGCCAGAUACGCCACCGAAUAGAAGCCAUUGUAGCAUUUUCAGAUGACUUUGUAGCAAAACUUCAAGAGAAUCAGCGUUUCCGAUACAAUGAAGUUAUGCAAGCAUUGAACAUGUCUGCUGCAUUGACCGCCAAGAAGACAAAAGAGUUUCGGUCUCCCCCACAGGAACAGAUAAAUAUGCUGCUGAAUUUUAAGGAUGAUAAAAAUGACUGCCCUUGUCCUGAAGAAAUUAGGGAUCAGCUCUUGGAUUUUCAUGAAGACCUGAUGGCUCAUUGCGGAAUUCAACUAGAUGAAGAUGGAACUUUGGAUGGAAACAGUGACUUAACUAUUAAAGGUCGCCUCCUAUACCUUGUUGAAAGGAUCAUACAUCUGAAAAAGAAACAAGCAGAAAAGCCACUUGAUGAUGAUGCUAAGAAACCAUCAACUCUCCAGCAACUCAUUUCAGAGACAAUGGUACGCUGGGCCCAAGAAUCAGUAAUAGAGGAUCCAGAAUUGGUGAGGGGCAUGUUUGUUCUGCUGCACCGCCAGUAUGAUGGAGUUGGUGGUCUGGUUCGAGCUUUGCCAAAAACAUAUACUAUAAACGGUGUAUCUGUGGAAGAUACAAUCAGCUUGCUGGCAUCUCUUGGCCAAAUCCGUUCUCUCCUCAGUGUCAGAAUGGGCAAGGAAGAAGAGAAACUUAUGAUUCGUGGAUUGGGGGACAUCAUGAACAAUAAAGUUUUUUACCAACAUCCUAACCUUAUGAGGGCAUUGGGGAUGCAUGAGACUGUUAUGGAAGUUAUGGUGAAUGUACUUGGAGGGGGCGAGUCAAAGGAAAUCACCUUUCCUAAGAUGGUGGCAAAUUGCUGCCGUUUCCUAUGUUAUUUUUGCCGCAUCAGCAGACAGAACCAAAAGGCUAUGUUUGAUCAUCUUAGCUACCUUUUGGAAAACAGCAGUGUUGGGCUUGCAUCCCCUUCUAUGCGUGGAUCAACACCUUUAGAUGUGGCAGCAGCAUCUGUAAUGGAUAAUAAUGAACUUGCUCUAGCUUUAAGGGAGCCUGAUCUUGAGAAGGUAGUCCGCUACUUGGCUGGAUGUGGUUUGCAAAGCUGCCCUUUGCUGAUUUCUAAGGGCUACCCAGAUAUUGGAUGGAAUCCAGUAGAAGGAGAACGAUACUUGGAUUUUCUUCGUUUUGCUGUGUUUUGCAAUGGAGAGAGUGUUGAAGAGAAUGCUAAUGUGGUGGUCAGGCUACUUAUUCGACGUCCUGAAUGUUUUGGGCCAGCGCUGAGAGGAGAAGGUGGGAAUGGCCUGCUUGCUGCCAUGGAGGAAGCCAUACACAUAUCAGAAGAUCCUACAAGAGAUGGACCUUCACCAAGUAAUGGAUCCAAUAAAACAUUAAGUGAAGUGGAAGAAGAGGAUGACACAAUUCACAUGGGGAAUGCCAUCAUGACUUUUUAUGCCGCUUUGAUUGAUCUCUUAGGACGCUGUGCUCCAGAAAUGCAUUUAAUCCAUGCUGGCAAAGGUGAAGCUAUUAGAAUCAGAUCUAUUCUGCGGUCUUUGAUUCCCUUAGAAGAUUUGGUGGGUGUAAUUAGUAUUCCUUUCCACAUGCCAACAAUAGCAAAAGAUGGUACUGUGGUGGAACCUGAUAUGUCAGAGGGGUUUUGUCCAGACCACAAGGCAGCCAUGGUAUUGUUCCUUGACAGGGUCUAUGGAAUUGAAGAUCAAAAUUUUCUUCUACAUCUUCUAGAAGUUGGCUUUCUGCCAGAUCUUCGUGCAGCUGCUUCAUUAGAUACGGUUGCUCUGAGUGCCACAGAUAUGGCCUUGGCCCUCAAUCGGUACCUCUGUACUGCUGUUUUGCCUUUGCUGACUAGAUGCGCUCCUCUUUUUGCUGGCACCGAACACCACGCUUCCCUUAUAGAUUCCUUGUUACAUACUGUAUACCGACUCUCCAAGGGCUGCUCUCUCACCAAAGCUCAGCGGGACUCUAUUGAAGAGUGCCUACUCUCCAUUUGUGGUCAACUUCGGCCUUCAAUGAUGCAACAUUUGUUGAGAAGAUUAGUAUUUGAUAUUCCACUAUUAAAUGAACAUGCAAAGAUGCCUCUCAAGUUGCUGACAAAUCAUUACGAAAGAUGCUGGAAAUAUUAUUGCUUAUCAGGAGGAUGGGGCAACUUUGGUGCUGCUUCAGAAGAGGAACUUCAUUUGUCCAGAAAGUUGUUCUGGGGUAUAUUUGAUGCCUUGUCUCAAAAGAAAUAUGAACAAGAACUUUUCAAACUAGCUUUGCCCUGCCUGAGUGCAGUGGCUGGUGCUUUACCUCCUGAUUACAUGGAAUCAAAUUAUGUUGGCGUAAUGGAAAAACAGGCUUCCAUGGAUUCGGAUGGGAAUUUUAACCCACAACCUGUUGAUACUUCUAACAUCACAAUUCCUGAAAAACUAGAGUAUUUUAUUAACAAAUAUGCCGAACAUUCCCAUGAUAAAUGGUGUAUGGAAAAG